AUGGAAACCGCGACGGUGAUGGAAACGACGAAGCUUAAGUAUCUGUCCUCCAUUGCCGAGGACGUCGUCCGAAGAUGCGCCCAGAAGCUGUACACUCCUCUAGAGAAAUUAGUGGGAGAUUUUGAAGCCGGAUGGAAUGCUGAAAUGGGAAAUUAUUCCCAGAAACUAGUGGAAUUUUGCAGUGAGAGGGCGCUUAUUAGUGACAUUAGCAACGACAUACAGGAAAAGAUUAGUGAUGGGUCCUUUAGCAGGUUCACAUAUGACCUGAUGCUUGCUUGGGAGAGGCCCAGCUACUACGAUGAAGACGAGGCCACGGAGGCUGUUGCAAAGGAGAAAGAAGAGAGGAAAAUACCUCUUAAUGUUAUCCAUGAAGAACGCGAUGAAAUCCCUCUGUUUUAUUCAGACAUAAUGCCUCUCCUUGUGAGCAAGGAGCCCAACGUUGGAGAAGAUGCAUUUGUGUGGCUGGCAUCUUUGGUCCCAUUAAUAGCAGACGUUGCAAAUGGAAGGUUUACUUUUGAAACUUUAACAGCACCAACAGGCCACCGACUACACUUUCCCGCAUACGACUUCUUCUUGAAAGAAAUAGACAAAUGUACAAGACAUCUGCAAAAACAAGCAACACCAAAUGGCAUAGAGAUGGCUGAUGACGAAUUUAUAUUACACGUGGAGGGAACAGCAAACUCUCAGAGAGUAGUUCGACACAUUGGAGCAACAAGUUGGCCUGGUAGGCUUACACUGAGCAAUUACGCCCUUUACUUUGAGGCCUCCGGAGUGAUUAAAUAUGAAGAUGCUCUUAAAAUAGACCUUUCGAGGGAAACAGAGCACACAGUGAAACCAGCUGCCACAGGCCCCUGGGGAGCUCCGCUAUUCGACAAGGCUAUAAUCUAUGAUUCACCUGAAUUAUCAGAGGGCAUUGUACUGGAGUUUCCAGAAGUGACGAGUUCCACAAGACGCGAUCAUUGGCUUGCACUGACAAAGGAAAUUAUGUUGCUCCAUCAAUUUUUAUCAAAAUACAAAAUAGAAUGCCCACUACGAUCAUGGGAGAUGCAUGCCAGGACAAUUCUGGGGAUUAUAAGGCUCCAUGCCGCAAGAGAAAUGCUAAGAAUUGCACCUCCUGCUCCAACAAAGUUCUUGAUAUUUUCCUUAUAUGAUGAAAUACCAAAGGGAGACUAUGUGCUAGAUGAACUUGCUGAAAGCCUCAAGAAGCUUAACAGUGGACACCCAUGCAGUGCGAGUUCAAUCCUUAGAAGUAUGAACAUUUCUAGGCCCAUCAUUUCUGGUGUGAAACCAGUUAAAGAGGCUAUACAAGCAUGUGAAAGUGUUAGCGGUCCAGAAGAAAGUGUCGCCUCACUUGAAACUGCUAUUAAACAGGCUAUGGAGGAAGAAAAGGAAACUCUUAUUGCUAAAGCUACCGCUGAAGAAUUAAAAGAGGAAGGAAUCACUGACAGUGUUGUGGUUCUAAUGGAGCUACUAAAGCCACUUAAACGCGCAGUUCCUUGGUUUCAAGAAAUCUUCACAUGGCAAAGGCCAAUGGUUACUCUUACUAUGCUUGCUGCAUCGCUGAUAAUUACUUAUAUGGAAUGGAUAGGCAAGGCACUGGCAAUUUUUCUGAUAUGGACGAUAGUGAAGAUGAUGGAGGCGAGACAAAAGAGGAUGAACGAAAAAUGCAACGAGCUAGUAAUUAGCACAGCCUCUGAACGGUCUACGAUGGAGAGCGUUGUGUCUGCCCAACAGGGACUAAACACUGUUCGGGAGAUGAUGCAGAUAACGAAUGUAACCAUAUUGAAGAUAUGGUCAAUACUAAUUUCUAAGGCGCAUAAGCAUUCAAAUACAGUGAUGGUGGCAUUGGCGGGCUUGGCAAUAUUAUUGGCGAUAGUUCCAUUUAAGUUCGUGAUUAUGGGGUUCAUAUUGCAAAUCUUCAUGACGUCAAAACCAGGCAAGUCUUCUGGAACAGGGAACAGACGACUCAAGGAAUGGUGGGAUUCAAUUCCAGUCAUUCCUGUUCGCCUUGUAGACGCCAAGAUCACCCCUGACCCUCAUACUUACUGA